AUGAAGUUCUCCGCUGUCCUCGCUGCCAUCUCGGCCUCUGCCGUUAUCGCCGCCCCCGGUGGCCAGUCUGGCCCCAACGGCGCCGCCGCCAUCGAGAAGCGCGCCUCCUUCCCCAUCCCCGCCUCCAAGGGCACCGUCACCUACAAGGCCGCUCAGUCCGUCAAGGGUACCUUCGACGGUGGCUUGAAGACCUACGGCCGUGGCGUCAAGUGCACUGGCCAGGCUGAGGGUGGCGACAAGGACGCCGUCUUCAUCCUCGAGAACGGCGCUACCCUCAAGAACGCCAUCAUCGGUGCCGACCAGAUCGAGGGUGUCCACUGCAAGGGCUCCUGCACCAUCAACAACGUCUGGUGGACUGCUGUCUGCGAGGAUGCUCUCUCCCUGAAGGGUGACGGCAACGCCUCCGUCAUUGGCGGUGGUGCCCGCGGCGCUGAGGACAAGGUCAUCCAGCACAACGGUCUCGGAACCGUCACCAUCGACGGCUUCACCGUUGUCGACUUCGGCAAGCUCUACCGCUCUUGCGGCAACUGCAAGACCAUGGGCAAGCGCUCCGUCGUUGUCAAGAACGUCAAGGCCUACAACGGCAAGAUGCUCACCGGCAUCAACUCCAACAAGGGUGACACCUCCACCAUCACCGGCACCUGUGCCACCUCCGUCAAGGAGAUCUGCACCGAGUUCCAGGGCACCACCCCCGGCAACGAGCCCAAGAAGAUCGGCUCCGGCCCUUCUUCCGCCUGCAAGUACUCCACCCUCAAGGCUUGCUAA